AUGUUUGCUGUGAGUAAUGAGAUGGUUCAGAUUGAGUACAAAUCAGAUGCGAAAGUUGGCGAAUAUCAGUUGGUCAGAGCAAAGAGACCUGCGGAGGAUAAGGCCUUCGAAAACCCUGACGAGACAAUGCGGGAGCUCGAAUUGCAAAUCAAAAAGGAAAUGCUCAUAGCUGAACUGUUGAAAACGCGGCGGAAACUGACAAAGGAGGAGCAGGAAAUUUUAGAUGAAGAAAUUCCUUUGAAGAAAUGA